AUGCAUCGUGUCCGUCUGAUAUGUCGCGACGACGGAUGGCCGGCUGGACUGGCGGCGCCGGCGGGCGCGGCGGCGACGGGCGGAGGCGCGUCCGCGGCGCGGCUCGUCGGGACUACAAUGCGCCUCACCGCUACUGCGACGUCCUGGCGAGCGCCCCUGACUGCCUGCUUGCGGACACCCGGGCCGAGCUGGUGCUGCACCGGCAGCCCGCACAUCGUCUGCACUCGUUCCAGCCACCAGCACUGGGCGCUCAAACAAGACGUGCCCGUUCGCCUUCAAGGUGUGGCCCUGGCGACGUGCUCGACGGCACUUGGUGACUGCCGCUCGCGGGAAACGACGAGGAACUUUUGCGCCGAGUUGGAGGAACGACACCGCCGUCUGAAAGAACCAGGUGGCCAAGUUCAACGACCUGCGCUUCGUCGGCCGCAGCGGCAGAGUGUCGAGCGCGGGCUGGUGCUGGAGGCGGUGCUCGAGACGGAGUGGGGGACGGAGCGAGUAAACGAGUGGGAGCAGAGUGGAGGGUGCGGAGGGAAGAGUGGUGGCCGGAGCGGGGUUAGGUGCGGAGCGGAGCGGUGCGAGGGCGGAGCGGGGCGGCAUGCGGGACAGGGGAGGUCAAGUCAGCGCUCCGCUGAUCGUGUCGAUGAGUGGCGAGGAGAAGCGUGGCGUGUGGGGCGGGGCGGAGUGGGGCGCGAAGGAGCGGCCGGGGGCGGGGAAGGAAAGUGCGGGGCGUGGGCGGAGGCGUUUCUUGCCUUGCGCGUGAUUGCCGGCGCCGUGUUUGCCGCCUGUCGCCCGAGACGCGCGGGGGAGGGGCAGGUUCUUGCGCCGCGCACGAGGCCCCGGGCGGAGGGCGAGCGCUCCCUGGCGGAAAGCGAUUGUGUAUGGCUGAGGAUAGGUAAAGAUGAUCCUUGUGGUCUCCCAGAAGGAUCACGAAUGAGACGAUAUCAGCUCAACAGUAGAGUCAAGAUAUAUCCCCGUUAUAGUUCACUUACUAGACGCAACCAACGAUAUUUGUUUGCGCGAUGCUUUCAAGUUGUGGGGAUGUGGGAACGAGGUGAGUACUCUGUUACUGUCAAUCACCAGUGUUCAAAACAUUACAAGACCUGCCCAACAAGAGUGGCACCAUCCAUUGUCAGCAAACUUUAA